AUGUGGGGCUACGACGGGAAUGCGUCAGCUCCGGCCCUCACCGGCACGGAGUUGCUGGACGGGAUGACGGACGAUUAUGACCCGGUCACGAAGAAGCACACCUUCCACGCCGCGGUACCGAAGCCAGCUAAGCUUUGGGCGGUUGAGACCGCCUGCAAAGUGAACGAUGGCUGGGAUAUCAAGCUCGGUGGGCCGAUGGGAGACCGGAAGCUCGGGUCAUUCUUUGGCGGUCUUGGAAUCAUGGGUACCAUCGCCACCACCAAAUGGACCGAGCGGCUGUCCGAGCUGUCAAAGAAUGUCAGCGCCGUUCGCACUGGUCUGACGGACAACCUUACCCACCUCUCGGAGUCCAUUUGGGAGGAUCCGAUGAAGUGGGGCAAGUGGGGUGCAGCAGCGUUUGCUGCAGGGACCGCAGUCUAUUACGCGGAUCAGUACUUCACCCCAAAGGUCGCCUCCGCCGAAGGUACCGACAAGUCCGCUGCGCUCAAUGACACUGACGGGACAUGGACUGAGAAGGAGCCCACGACCGCGGGGAAUACGAGGAAGAAGACAGUGCGCUCAGCGACCGGGACUACACGACGAGGUGCGAAGGGCCCGAUCAAGUCAGGUCCGACUCAGACUGUUCCCGAACUCUCCGAUGGUGGUGACAGCGAGGCGAGCUCCUCGACCGCGGAUGACGAUCCGCUUACCCCCAUUGCUCUUGCCCCUCUCGGGCAUCACGAAGACGGCACUCUUGCCCUCAUGGCGAGCCAGAUCCCCCUUCCCUCCGACAUCGCCGACAGCACCAAGGAUGACAAGACCGUUACCACCGGCGGCGGCGACACGUUUGUUGCCCCCACGACAUCCAGUCCGUCCGCAGUUCUGAGGUGGUUGAAACGGCUCACGCUCGUGGCACGCGUCCCAGAUCUGGGCGGGCCAAUCGGAUGGGCAGUCAAUGGCAUCGCCUACUCUCCGCUGUUGACGACUGGCCUUUCAUGCAUGGGCGAGGUGCCCUUCGGCUCGUGCUGGAAGGCUGGAGAGACAGUCAUCAACUUUUUCAGGCGCCCCAUCACCGAGCAGCUCUCGACGCUCAAGAAGAGCGUCUCGUCGUGCUUGACCGACUUCUCAAACAACUUCAAGACCUUCGCGGAAGCCGAUACCGCCUCACAGCUGACGGUUGCGGGUCUCGCAACAGCCGGCGCGUUGGCAACGUGGGGACUGUACAAGCUCACCGGCCCUGGCAGUUACGCGAAAGAUACCGCCGACCCAGUCUCUACCAAGCUCGACGCCAUGGCUGCUGAGGCAGAGACGCAGAGCGCAAGAGCGUCGAUGGGGACCCUGCCGACAACGCCGUCGCCUUUCCUCACCGCAGACGGCGAGAUCUGCACCGCUGACGGGUGUCACGACACUCACCCGGACUGCAAGAGCACCGGCGUGGUCUUCGCUGGUCUGUUGGGUGCUUUGGCCGAGCUGCAGACGGCCAAUGCCAGGCUCGAGCGCGAGCGCAAGGCGGACAAUGACCACUUCAACAGCCGCUUGAAUCAGCUCUUUGCAUUUCAGAGUGGUUCGGACGUGUCCACCCCUGCGCAAUCCGAUGACUCGGGUGUGUCUACUCCUGCGCUUUCAAUUGACUUGGGCGCCGAGACCCCCGCCGAGACUAUCCUCCCCACUCCCACAGAUGGUCAAGAAAUCGACAAGGAUGCGGCCGUCCCGUCAUUUGGUUGA